CGUCGAAACUCCUUCGAGGUCAGACGCUCUCCUUGGCCUUCGCAGGACAACCUGAGCCACGAGCCAGACGCAGAAGGCAAGCCAGUCCUUCUCCCUUUGGCCACGCAGAGAGAGAAAGAAGGGAGGAGAGGAGGAGGCAGAGAGUCUUCCAAGCUGGAUUGAUUUUCUUUUUUUCGUCUGAAGAAGGAGGCAUCGAGGGGGAGAGUUCAGAUUUUUUUUUUUUUUUUCGUCAAGGAGCUGCGUCGCCAUGCGGAUCGUAUCUCCGCACGUGUACUUCCUCGUCGUGUGCCUGUGCCAGUGGACGGCCGCGGUUAACCCCCAGGACGCGGACUUGUCACUUCGAUACCAGGAUGGAGAAAGGCCCGAAUCAAGGCUGCUGCUGAACCCCCUCAGCAUCUUCGGAAACCCCAGAUGCAAUUACGGAGGCAACGAAGGGGUCUGCUACGGGGAAGUUGAGUGCCUUGCUCUGGCAGGUCAAUAUGGCAACUUCUGCUCGGGUCUCCAUGGACUCUGCUGCCUGUUCCAUCGCACUUGCGGCCAGAAAACGUCUCAGAUUGUGUCUUACUUCAAGAACGUUCAGUAUCCGUUGGAAGACAUAUCUCCUGAGGCCUGCUCGUUUGAGGUCGUGACCCGCUCCGAUGAAUACUGUGGAUUGCAGGUGGACAUGGAAGACGCCGACUUCCCCCAGAACCACGCCGGGGAAUGCGACGGCACCUUCUUCCACUUGACGGGGAUCCGAGGCGACCGACUGUCUCCCAAGUGCGGCCGACUCACCGGAAGCUCGUACUCCUACAGGAUCGAGAACCUGGAGAGCGUCUUCAUUCACGUCAACUCCUCCCGAAACCGCAACACGCACUGGAAGAUGAAAGUGACUCAGGUGUUGUGCAAGGACUUCGUGGGAGAAGAUUUCGGAGGCAGCGGAGGAGGAGGAGGAGGAGGAGGAUCUCUCGUGGUCACGCCCCCUGUCUUUCCCCCGCCCCUGCCGACGCACCCGCCCGCCACCUCCCGCCCACCCAUCACCUCCCGCCCGCCCACCACCCCGCCCGUCGUGAUGCCCCCCGCCCCUCCCCCCACUGCAGGAGGCUUUUCGGCUUGUGGCAUCAGAGGGCCUCCCUACAACCAAGGAUCGAGGGGGCCCGCGGGCCGGCGCCUGCCAGACCCCGAAGUGAAGGGGCCUCGACGUCGCAAGAACCCGGACCGACGCCGCCCCUGGCGACGCCCCGGCAGCACAGACGUCAAGACCGACCGGCGAGGCCAGGUAGCGGGGACAAGGCCCUCGAACAUCAUCAGCAGCGACAGGUGGGACGUCCCGAGACUUAACGACACGCUCUUCGCCCACUACGCGGGAGAGGUGAGCCCCUUCUCGCACCGCAUCACCUACGGCCAGGUGUCCGGCCUGAGGGAAUUCCCGUGGCAGGUCGCAAUGCAGGUCAACGGCAAGUUCCACUGCGGCGGCAGCGUCAUCGGAGAGUACUGGGUCCUGACGGCGGCGCACUGCGUCAAGAGCUACGAGAACACACCCCAGGCCAUCAAGCUGUUCAUCGGAGACUGGGACUUGGGAACGACGAACGACGGCCCGAGUCUGACCGCCUCCGUCGCCAGGGUGAACGUCCAUCCUCAAUACUCGAAGCCCGCCCUCCAAAACGACAUCGCCGUCCUCAGACUCAGCCAGAGGCUCCAGUAUAAUGAAAGGAUUCGGCCCAUCUGUCUGCCGACCUCAGACAUUCGCAUCGAGGACGAGAUAGCGACGGUGAGCGGCUGGGGGCGUAACGAGGACUUCCAGUUGCAGAAGCAAUUGCACCAUCUCUUGGCCCGCGUCGUCUCCAACUCCCUCUGCGACGAAAAGUGGAAUCGGAACGGCGCCGCCAGAGGGAUCAUCGUCAGUUCCAUGAUGUGCAUGGACGCCACCAACGGCGAUUCGUGCAACGGCGACAGCGGCGGCCCCAGCAUAGUGGAGUCCCCCGCAGGCUCCGGCAAGUGGCUGCAGGUGGGCGUCGUGUCCUUCGGCUCCGGGAGCUGCACCGAGGCUUCCCUGCCCGGCGUCUACACCCGCGUGUCCUACUACAGGGACUGGAUCCGUCAGCAGAUGGUCUAAGGGCCUCCGGACGCCCUCCGCCGCCCCGUUCUCCUGCCGCUGCCGAGGCGCGGACGGCGGCGCCCCGGCCCUCGCCCGGCGCGCCCAUGGCGGAACUCUUCUAUUUAUUACUCCUCAGUUACUUGUGUUGGUGUGCAUGCAUACGUAUAUAUAUGUACAGUCAGAAAAAAAUAAGUAUUGUUACCCUUUGCACAAACUAAUAUGAAAGUUAGCGCCGUAAUGACGUGGUAACAGAUUGGCCACGAGUAAAGGUAACGAUAGUUUUUUUCUGACUCUACAUGUAUAUAUUUGUAUAUGUAUAUGUAUCUAAGUAUCUAUCUGUUUAUAUACAUAUUCAUAUAUACAUAUACAUACAUGUAUGUAUAUAUAUAUAUAUAUAUAUAUAUAUAUAUAUAUAUA